GGGCUCGGUGUUCUGAUGACACAGUCAGAAGCCGGAGUCGCCUCUGAGUGCCUGAAGGAGGAGACAGUGACGGAGCUGGAGACUGCAGUUGUCUGUCCUUCGCACAGUUCUUUCACCAUGCCUGGGUCACUUCCUUUGAAUGCAGAAGCUUGCUGGCCAAAAGAUGUGGGAAUUGUUGCCCUUGAGAUCUACUUUCCUUCUCAAUAUGUUGACCAAACUGAGUUGGAAAAAUACGAUGGUGUAGAUGCUGGAAAGUAUACCAUUGGCCUGGGCCAGGCUAGGAUGGGCUUCUGCACAGAUCGAGAAGACAUCAACUCUCUUUGCCUGACUGUGGUUCAGAAUCUGAUGGAGAGAAAUAGCCUGUCCUACGAUUGCAUUGGUCGGCUAGAAGUCGGAACAGAGACAAUCAUCGAUAAAUCAAAAUCAGUGAAGUCUAAUUUGAUGCAGCUGUUUGAGGAGUCUGGGAAUACAGAUAUAGAAGGAAUAGAUACAACUAAUGCAUGCUAUGGCGGCACAGCUGCAGUCUUCAAUGCUGUGAACUGGAUUGAAUCUAGCUCUUGGGAUGGACGGUAUGCUCUGGUAGUUGCAGGAGAUAUUGCUAUAUAUGCCACAGGAAAUGCCAGACCUACAGGUGGAGUUGGAGCUGUGGCUCUGCUAAUUGGGCCAAAUGCCCCUUUAAUUUUUGACCGAGGGCUCCGUGGGACACACAUGCAGCAUGCCUAUGACUUUUACAAGCCUGACAUGCUCUCUGAAUACCCUAUAGUAGAUGGGAAACUCUCCAUACAGUGCUACCUCAGUGCAUUGGACCGCUGCUAUUCCGUCUACCGCAAGAAGAUCCGUGCCCAGUGGCAGAAAGAGGGAAACGAUAACGAUUUUACCCUAAAUGAUUUUGGCUUCAUGAUAUUCCACUCACCGUAUUGUAAACUGGUGCAGAAGUCUCUAGCUCGGAUGUUCCUGAAUGACUUUCUAAAUGAUCAGAACAGAGAUAAAAACAGCAUCUACAGUGGCCUGGAGGCCUUUGGGGAUGUUAAAUUAGAAGAUACUUACUUUGACAGAGAUGUGGAAAAGGCAUUUAUGAAGGCUAGUUCUGAGCUCUUUAACCAGAAAACAAAGGCUUCUUUGCUUGUAUCAAAUCAGAAUGGAAAUAUGUACACGUCUUCUGUAUAUGGUUCCCUUGCUUCUGUUCUGGCACAGUACUCGCCUCAGCAGUUGGCAGGGAAGAGGAUUGGAGUGUUCUCUUAUGGGUCUGGCUUGGCUGCCACUCUGUACUCCCUUAAAGUCACACAAGAUGCCACACCAGGAUCCGCUCUUGACAAAGUGACAACUAGUUUGUCUGAUCUUAAAGCAAGGCUUGACUCAAGAACGUGUGUGGCGCCAGAUGUCUUUGCUGAAAACAUGAAACUCAGGGAGGAUACACAUCACUUAGCCAACUACAUUCCCCAGUGUUCAAUAGAUUCACUCUUUGAAGGAACGUGGUACCUAGUCAGAGUGGAUGAAAAGCACAGAAGAACCUAUGCUCGGCGCCCGUCCACUAAUGGCCACAGUUUGGGUGAUGGAGUGGGACUUGUGCAUUCAAACACGGCAGCAGAGCAUAUUCCAAGUCCUGCUAAGAAAGUGCCAAGACUCCCUGCCACUGCAGCAGGAUCGGAAUCAGCAGCUAUUAGUAACGGGGAACACUAAGAGCUUUGUUGGGUGUAAGGCUUCACAGUGGCCCGGGGCUGGGGUGGGGAACGGUUGAAGUAUUGUAUGUCUAGGGACAAUUUUAAAGAGUACAUGUUGCUUAAAAUGUAAUGUAACUGAAUGUAACUGACACGGAGCCUAGAAAACUAUUGUGUUCUUGGAAAAGUCUUUGCUGAACUUGUUGACACGCUUCCUGUUGUGGUCUGGCCAAUGGUGAAUGUGCUGCAAUUUGGGUUUAAAGGGCUCUGUAAAACUUUAUACCUCUCUGGACGCCCAUAUGCAUGCAGUUUCAUUUUCAAACAUGGCAUGAACUGAGUGCUUCUGUCGACAAUAAGCGGAGGUACUACUGUCCAAUUUUAAACAUUGGUGGUUUUUUUUUUUUUUAAUGUGUAAGAAUUUUGUACUUUAACAAAUAAAAAGUACCUGUAGCUUUUGAAAAACUUUUCUAGGUUGGAGAUUGUGGAAUUUAAAUGUCACGCACAAACCCUGCUUGAAAAUGGCAAGGGGAAAAUAUUAUCUUUUUCUAAGACUUGUAAAUCCUGGAGAGAGAGAGGGUAUGGUUCUAGGAUCUGGAGGAACCAUUGGUGAGAAAGGUUAGCAGUGAUCAUGUGAGCAGAAAAAUGCUGGCUCUGAGUGGGACUCUGCCACACCAAAUAGUUCACCUGGGUGCUGUGGAUGCAGCUGGGGAACUGGUUCCAGCCAGUUCACAGUGGCUAGUCUCUGCAGCCCUCAGAUGCUGGUGUGAAGAAGCUCCCUGCCAUCCUGGGCACCCUCCUUACAAGGCCCAAAUGUAAUGUAAGAAGGGUGGGGCAGGGCAUUAUUAGGUCACAGUGUUACAAAUCCAGUUCAUAGGCCGACAGCUUAAAUCCACCAGACACCUUUUUUCUUUGUGGUUUGUGUAUUUUGUGUUUUGUUUGUAUGUGUUCAAUGAAAAUAAAUAUAUAUAACCCUCAUUUUCACAUAGUGAAAAUUUCACAUAGUCUGAAAAGCCAAAAGGAAUAUUCAUUGCAAGAUCUAGAAGUAGAAUUUGUAACAUUUUUCCCCCCUUAAUUUUCACUUUUAAAACAAGAACUAUCACAUGAGAUGAGUAAGAAAUUCACUAGAAGUUCCCUGGGUGAUUUUGGUGCUGAACAAUGAUGUGAGCCUCACAGACUGUAAAGUAGAGAUAGUUGGAACUGAUGUACAGAACUAAAUUUUUUAACUUUAUUUUCUGUUCCAUUCUGUGAAGUUUCAGUUAUCUAAACUAAACACAUGAAUCUGUAAAAGUUUCAGAUUGCAAGGUAACAUGUAAUGUAGCAUUUGUAAGAUAUUCUUGUCAAUAUUAACCAGUAGGGUUUUGAUUUGUACAGUUUAAUUGGUUAAAAUGGUUUCAUUUUAACAUCCACUGCUAUAGAUGAAUAAUGUAAGUUCAGAUUUAAAGGAUGGUGGGGAAAUGGUGCAUGUAAUUCUUUUUGCAAGUAUUAAGAGUUCUGUAUGUUUUGAAAAGAGUAACGUUCAGUGCCAAGGAGUGGACUUUCUCAGAAUGUGUUGCCGGCCUGGGUAAGCCUGAUGAUCCUGGCACGGAACGUUAACCAUACACCUUACUAAUAGCAAGGUGAAUAACUUUGAAAUAAAGUUUUAGACCAAUGUUUCA